UUUCUAGAGAGAGACAGAGGCCCGUUUGACUCCAUUUCCGUUCACUUUCUACCCUAUAACUAUAAAAGCUAGUGAGAGAAAGCCAUUCAGUGUUCUCACUUGGGCAGUAAGGCUCGACGAUCUCAGAGAACCAGUGAAGAGUAGAGGAAGCGUGCGUAUUAUGAGAUUAUUAUCAGUGAAUUUGAAUUCUAGGGCAUCAGUAGUUCUCCUCUUGAUCCAUGGGCGAGCUCGAUGGGCUCCCUCCUGGAUUUAGGUUUGUCCCUACUGAGGAAGAACUGGUUUCUCAUUAUCUCAAGAACAAGGUUUCUGAAACUAGGUCACCCAACUUUAAUCCUGAUAUAAUCAGAGAGCUUGAUAUUUACAACCAUGAACCCUUUGAUCUUCUUGGGAUGGCUUCUUUCCCGAAUGAAAACCAGUUAUUCUUCUUCGCAGAGAGGACGGCCCCUAUUUUUUCACGUAAGGUUAGGGUUACAGGGGGUGGUUAUUGGAAAGUCGUUGGUCGUAAGCGUCCUGUUGUUUCAGGAAGGGAAGGGGUUGUGGGGUUUAAGACGACUCUGGUUUUCCACAAGGGUAGGGCACCUAAUGGAGAGAAGACAGACUGGAGAAUGAAGGAGUAUGUUUUGGCGAGUGAUCGCGAUGGAAUUAGGGGUACUCACGCUCUAUGCCAUAUAUACCUGAAGUCUCCAACCAAAAAACGACAAGUAAUUUGUGAAAGCAGUUUUGUGCAAGAUGGGGCUGUCACAAUAGGUGCUUGCUGCAAUGAUGAAAUUUGUUAUAGACAGCAGGGUGGAACUCCCUUACCUGUGAUUUGGGAGGUUAAGGAGGAAGAAGAGACCUUGAUUCCCCAAGAUGAUGAGCUUCACAAGCUUCUGUCAGAAAUGUUGGAUGCCGAGACUGGCAGCCAAACUUGGGAUGCUUUACCAACCACUGCAAGUAGUUCUAUGACCAAUCAAAUGGCUAUUGAUGAACCGGUUCAGAAUGUUAUUAACUGGUGUCCGGUGCCAUUCAUUAGUGAAUCUGUGAAGCAUGGCAUCAUCCAGGGUGAAUGGAAUAAAAUGUGCAAUCGUGCGCUUUUAGAUGGAGACUACAUUGAGUUAAAUGAUUUGGUUUCUCCUCUCGCAGAUUCGAGCUCCUUUCGAUGAGAAGAAAACCUACAUAGGUAACUGAAUUAUCCAGUUCAUUAACUGGGACGCUGAUUAAAUCAGGACAUUGAUUAUCUGGGACAACUUCGUUUAUUAACUGGCACAGCAUCAAGUUUUGGUAUGAGAAAGAGGCAGAUCCUCUCGUUUUAUCUCUACAUAGGUAACUGAAAGAAGGAAAAAAAUGAUUUUUCUCAGAAAGAUGUGGAACCGGUCACAAGGUAAGCUUGGUUUUGGAAGCAUCACUCUUGAAAUUGGCAGCAAUUUCUCCAUAAAUAUGAGGCACUCCUCACUGUGUUUGUAGAAUUGAGUGCUCUUGCGAUGCGAAAUGCCAGGCAAGCUUGAUGCCAUGACAGAGCAUAUGUUUUGACUGUUACUUGUCAUCAUUCUUGAUGACCAUCUCCCAUGAGAAAAUAAUGGCUUUGUUUAUCCUCGCCAUCUGGUGGAGGUUGUUUAUUCCUUAAAUGUUCUCUCUCUGUAACUUAAGGCCGAUGAUGGCCUCUAGAUGCUAGAUGCUUUUAUUCUGUGGCAUUUCUAAGAUAUUAUUAAGUUGUGUGGAUGCUGUUUAUUUUAAAUCUCAUAGAUUAUACUUGGUAUUGGAAGCA